UUCUUUUCUACCUUUAUGUGGAUUUUCAAGACAAUCCUACAUACAGCCACUGAUUUAUACCAGGAGCAGGAUCGGGUGUCCAAGCCGUUGAUGGGCAGUUUUGUCAACAAACCUUCGAUAAUCAACCUCAAAAUAAUGAUGAUUGAAAAAGCAACACCUAAGAACCUGUCAUUUGAAGAUGUAGUAGUGACCGUUUGUUUUCAUCCGUAUGAGGAUAUUGUGGCGUCUGGCUGUAUCGAUGGAAAUAUUUUCCUUCAUUCUUACAAAGCCGGUGGAGAAAAUGUCUUACAACACAAACUUUGUCAUCACAAGAAAGCUUGCCGCACUAUAAAAUUUUCUCCCAGUGGAAAUGACUUGCACACUGCAUCGAAGGAUAAAUCAUUGUGUUGUGUUGAUAUUGAAACGGGGCAGAUUAAAACAAGAAUUAAAAAGGCACAUGAGUCUGCCAUAUAUAGCCUGUUGGUAUCUGACGAGAACUUCCUGGUUACUGGUGAUGACGAUGGUGUACUCAAGGUUUGGGAUAUGAGAACAAAAACUGCCACAAUGGAGAUGAAAGAAAAUGAUGAGUUCAUCAGUGACAUGGUCAUAGACGACCACAAGAAAAUUGUAGUUGCCUCGAGUGGUGAUGGAACACUGUCGGCAUUCAACAUCCGCCGCAAGCGUAUGGACUUACAGUCAGAGUACAUGGAUUCGGAACUCCUCAGUCUGGCUGUGGUUAAGAAUCAGCAGAAGGUGGUGUGUGGCUCGGGAGAUGGUAUUAUUAACGUGUUUAACUGGGGCGAGUGGGGCAACAUCAGCGAUCGUUUUCCUGGUCACCCAAUGUCCAUAGACUGCAUGGUGACCAUUAGUAGUGAUAUUGUGUGCACUGGUUCAGAGGACGGCAUGAUCAGGGCCGUGAAUAUUUUACCUAACCGAUUCAUUGGAGUUGUUGGUGAACAUGACGGUUUCCCCGUGGAAUCCCUGAGUUUGUCACACGAUAGACAGUUUAUUGCUAGCUGCUCCCACGACCAAAGAGUCAAGUUCUGGAGUAUCGGUGAACUGGAACACACAUCAGUCAAUACAAAAAGAAAAGCAAAUAAAUCGCUCAAAUCAAAACCGUUAAAAUCAGCCAAGCAUAGUGACUUUUUUAGCGAUCUUGCAGAAGACAAAUCAGAUACAUUAGAGACUGAAAACAAAGAUGAUGAUGAUGACAGUGAAGAUGACAGUGACAGUUCCGAGGAUGGGGAAUAGUUGAUGUAUUCAAUAAAACGUCAUUAUAAAAA